AUGUCUAAACAGUUCUCACAUACUACAGAUGAAGAGACUUCUUCAGUAUUGUACUGUAGUAGUGUUGGAAAAGGUGGAUUUUUCUUCCCCCAGGACUUAAUAUCUCCCAAGAAACGCAAUGAGGAGGCGCGGGAAGCAAUGUUGGACGACCUAGGUAACGCUGAUGAUACUGAGUUGCUUGGAGAACUCAGGGGAGCAGGACAUGGAUAUGGUGCCUCGUCAAGACAGCUGUCUUUUGAUAGUCAAAAACCCGUCCCUCACUCUUUGAUAGAAGAGGAGAUGGAGUUGCUGAUUGAUAAUCAUCUCUACAGUCUCAAGUCCAAGGAUGGGAAAUAUAGUGGAUCUGAUAGAGUGGUAACCAGUGAUGAAGCAGAGAGAGUUAUAGAACGUGAGGUUCAGGAAACUUGGGAACAAGCUGUAGCUUCUGGAGUCGAGAUAACUACAACUCUUAAAAGAGAGGUGCAGGUUCUGACGAAGAAUUCAAUGCCGCUGGUGAUCACAUUUUUAUUGCAGCAGUCGUUAAUGUUUGCUUCAGUUCUCUCCGUUGCUCACUUAGGUGCUGUUGAACUGGGAGGGAUUACUGUAGGUUCGAUGACUGCGAAUAUUACCGGUAUAGGCCCUAUUCUGGGUCUGAGUACUUGUUUGGAUACUUUAUGUGCGCAAGCUUAUGGUGCUGAGAGGUAUCAUCUUGUAGGUCUGUAUCUGCAGCGUUGUGUGGUUAUAGCUAUGUUGAUGAUUAUACCCAUCCAGUUGGCUUGGUGGUUUUAUGCGGAGAGCCUGCUGCGCCUUUUUAUCCCAGAUCCAGUUGUUUGCGGUCUAGCAGCUCAGUACUUGAAGGUUGUAGCAUUUUCUAUGCCAGCAUUCCUAUUAUUCGAGGCCGGUAAGCGGUUUUUGCAAUGUCAGGGCAUUUUCCAUGCGUCUACAAUGGUUCUUCUCGUUUGCGCUCCUUUGAAUGCCUUAAUGAACUACCUUUUAGUGUGGCACCCCACUAUCGGUAUUGGAUAUCUAGGUGCACCAUUAAGUGUUGUGUUUAAUUACUGGUUUAUGUCAUUUGGUCUGCUACUAUACGUGUUAUUUACCAAGCAUAAGGUUAAUCCUCGUAAAUGUUGGGGAGGCCUCAUUAAACCUAACCAAGUAUUCAAGAAUUGGAAUAGUAUUAUCAGCCUGGCAUUGCCUGGUAUAGCUAUGGUGGCAACAGAGUUCUUGGGCUUCGAAGUUUUAGCAAUAUUUGCAUCUCAUAUCAGUCCAUCAGCUCUUGGAGCUCAUUCCAUUGUUUUUACAGUUUCCGGUGUAUCAUUCCAAAUUCCUUUCUCAUUGUCAAUUUCGGUUUCUACUCGUGUUGCUAACUUGGUUGGUGCGUCGCUUAACAAAUUGUCCAUUGUCUGUUGUAAGGCAGCUAUCUUGUUAGCAACGCUAGUGUCAAUAUUUUUAGCAUCAUUAAUCUUCAUUUUCCGUGUCCAGAUAGCCUAUUUAUUCACCAGCGACCAGGAGGUGGUCGAAAUCGUCAUUGCUGUGUUACCAAUUCUUUCACUUAUGCAAAUCUUUGAUUCGCUCAAUGCUACGACUGCCGGCUGUCUCCGUGGUCAGGGCCAACAGAAAAUCGGAGUUUGUAUCAACUCCUUGGCCUUUUACCUCCUUGGUAUACCUGCUGCAUAUACAUUAGGACUCGUCUUGGGUUACGGUGUUCAAGGAUUGUGGUAUGGAAUAAUUACGGCGUUAGUUGUAACGACCGUUGGACAAAGUUAUUUUAUUUUCUUCUGUAACUGGGACGCUAUUCUAUCUGCUACUAAAAAGAGGAACUCAGAUGAUAGCUUUUAA